AUGGUCGUCAAAGUUGGCUCCGCAUUUUGGACGCUGCAACACCUUCAGGCUUUCAACGCCUACAACGCGUGCGCCGAGGAACAACCGGUCCCUCCUGGCACUCCGACUGGCCGCGGCUCAGAGGCCAUUGAUGGCGACCGCCGCAGUGGCAGAGCCCUGCCCCGCCACGGCGCGGUUCGCGCGCUUGUACUUGGGGCUCAGCGAAGCGGCGCGGGUGCAGGCGCAGAAGCGGGAUUGAAUGAGACGCGCGAGUGCAUUCGCCCCUUUGCCAUGAGCGCUUGGAACCUGGGAGCCUCGGUGUCCUCUGCCUGCAGUUUCCGCCCAGCACCAGCCUUGUGA